AUGGAGCAAGUGGAAAUGUCUAAAGCAGAUGCAGACAAAAAAAUAGAAAGAAUCUCGAAACUGAUUAAGAGGAGAAACAGAGGGAAAAAGGACCAAGAACUUGUUGGACUUGUAGAAGACUUUCACAAACAGUAUCAGUUGCUGUAUGCACAGUAUGAUCAUCUCAUACGACAGCCUGGAAAGCAAGCUCGCGAGGGAAACGGAAACGGAAGUUGUUCUUAUCAUGCCUCCAGCUCGGAUUCCGAAUAUUAUUCCUCCGAGGAUGUAGAAAUUAACACCGCACUCAGUAACAAUAGAAGUUUCUUUAGAAGGACGGCAACCAACAUGGGGGAGGAACUUAAAAAGGCAUACGCCGAGGUUGCUGACCUGAAACAUCAAUUGGCCUGUAGGAAAAAAGAGAAGGAAGCUUUAGAUUCGGACCAUCGGGCUGCUUUAAGUAAAAUCCAAGAAACAGAAACCAUGAAUGCAGAUUUGAGAAACGAAAUGGAUGGGCUAGAAAAGAGACUUUUUGCUCUUGGAACAGUGCCUAUGGGACAGGUAGCAGAGCAGUUAGCUGGCUUGAUAACUGAGCUUGAAUCUCAGCACAAGAAGAAAAGUGGAUUGGAAGCUGAGCUUUGUGGUAAGCUAGUUGAACUGGAACAGCAAAGAGAGACAAACAAGGCGCUGCUUGUGCACAACUCGGAGGAAGGAGUAACGGAAAGCAUGGAGCAAAUCAAGGACAAUGAAAACAAUUUAACAUCAAAAAUUGAGGAUUCCAUGGCUCGGGUCAGUAAUCUGAAAAACGAAGUGGACGAUUUACGAUCUCAAAAAUGUGAAUCAUUUGACGAGGUAAAUAUAAUGAAGCAGGAAUUGGAAUCGGUACGUAGCCAGAACACUGAACUAGAAAUGGUGCUAGAGAGGAAAUCCACAGAGGUUUCCCAGUAUCUGAUUCAAGUGAAAACCUUGAAAGAGGAAUUAGCAAGAAAGAGUGGUGUGGAGCAGAUAAUGGCAGAAGAAAAUGAAGGCCUACAAGUGCAGGUGAUGGAUUUGGAAUCCGAGGUGGAUGCCCUACGCAAACAGAAGAAUAAAUCAGAAGACGAAGUGAAGAGAAAACUUGGUGAAAUCAAUCACUUGAGAGAGGAAAAAGGUCAACUGAAUGCUAGGAUUCUAGAACUGGAGACAUUAUAUCGAGAGAGAAGCCUUGAGGAGGACAGCAAAUGUAAAAGGGCUAACGAAAUUGCUAAGAUGAAAGUGGAGGUUGACCUUCUGCAGCCCGAGUUGGAUUCCCUGAAGGCGGAGCAAAGCUCGUUGGAGUUGCAGAUUUCAAAUCAGCAAACAACGACAAAAGAGAAAGACAAUAACAAAUCUAUGCCGCCCAAAACUAGGCUGGUCAGACGAUUGUCGUUAGGAAAUAUUACUAAUCUUAAUUACCAUAAUCUAGAAAGGAAGAUGGAGGAUUUAGCAGUAGAAUUCGGCAAGAAAAUUGAUGAUGGCAUCCGUCUUUUGUACCAGAGGAUCAAAGUUGCUGAAAGGAUACAGCACGAGAACACACAGAUUUUCAAGUUAACAAGAGAAAGGCUCCAACAAGAAAUCGAAACACUCUACCUAGACAAUGAAGCACUCCAACAAAGGGUGGGCACACUUGAUUAUGAGCUCAGGCAGUUGAGGGAUACAAUGGAGGCAGAAAAAGCCGCAAUGGCGGGAUUGAAUGCGAUGGUGGAUAAGUUAGAAGACGAGAGGAAUUACCUCACCCCCAUUUCGAAUGUGACAGACGAGGGUGUUUCUGUAAUCGACGAAUGUGAACAGGCCAAGAGUAACGUGGAAAUAUUGGUAGCAGAAAUGCAGAAGGAAAAUGAGGAAGAGUUGUUAAGGGAGAAAGUGAUGAGUUUGGAGGCUAAGUUGAGAGAGGAAGGAGAAGAAAAGUUGAAGAUGUUGAGAGAGAUGAGGGAGCUUGAGCAAAAGAUGAGAGAAAUGCAUGAGGAAUAUGAGUUGUUAAGGGAGAGAGUGAUAAACUUGAAAGCCAAGUUGAGUGAAGAAGGAGAAGAAAAGUUGAAGGCGUUGAAAGCAAUGAGUGAAUUGGAGAAGCUUUCCAAAGAAAAAGAUGAGAUAUUGUCGGAUCGUGAAGAAGAGAAGAGAGAAGCCAUAAGGCAGCUUUGCCUCUUGAUCGACUACCACCGCACCUGCUCAGACCAUCUCAAGCAAUCUAUCUCAACCUUAACUCUUACCCUUAGAAACAAGAAAAUGAAAUGAACUUUGCCCACCAAAUCUUAAAAAUCAAAACAAAAACUUUGCCCAUUUAAAGGCUAUUACUUCUACAUUUAAAAAAAAAAUUGUUCACAUAAAUCUCAAUUUAUUCAU